AUGUAUACUGACUGGUUUCCAGUCUUUCUCCGCGUCAUGGAAUAUUAUGCGGGCAUUCUGUUCCUCACCACGAAUCGUGUUGGCGACUUUGACGAAGCAUUCACCUCACGUAUUCACGUCAGCCUCUACUAUCCCGACCUGUCUGAUAAACAGGCGGUGGAGAUCUUCAAGUUGAAUCUGGGAAUGAUUGAGGAGCGCUUCCGACCAAAGGGCAGGAAAAUCAAGAUCGACGAUGUCGACAUCAUACUUUUUGCGGACAAUUAUUUCAAGGAGCACCCUCAUGGGAGAUGGAAUGGUCGUCAGAUCCGCAAUGCCUGCCAGACAGCACUAGCCCUCGCCGAGUACGAAGCCCAGGAAGCCCAAGGCGAUGACCCUCAGAAUAGCGUCAAAACGGACGCGGCUGUGAAUCUGACGGUCGCCCAUUUUGCCGUUGUCAGCGACGCCUAUCUCGAAUUCAUCGACUACAUCAACCGUCUCUUCGGAACGAAUAGCUCGCGUCGGGCCCAUGAGGACAAGCUGCGUGCGUUCUUGGCAGAUGCUAAUGACAGCAUCGUGGCCAGCCUGAUGGAUAAAAAAGCUGCAUUUUCCCGCAGUACGCGGCCCCAGCAGUCCCAGCCUCAGGCUCAGUACCCAGCGGCGCCUGCUGUGGCACCACCCGCUGACCCGUACUACGGAUAUACUCAACCAGCCCGCGCGCCCAGAGGGUCCCUUAAUCCGAAUGCGAUGCCCCCUCAGAGACAACCGUACGGCAACAACGAGUGGAGUUCUGUGCCACAAGGGCCUCCGCGAGGAGCUCAUACCCCCGAGCCGCCAUAUAUCCCCUCGCAACAAAGUCCGCAAGCACGAAUACACAUUCCGCGCAGCGCUCAGUACGCGAACCAGCCGACGGCUUCUGCCUUUACUGAACCUGAGCCCCCGUAUACCGGACAAGAACUCCCGGGUGGUUUGUCGUCGGCUCCAAGUGGCAAUGCACCCGCACAUGGCUAG